AUGUCGCUGAAAAAGCUCAACUUUAUCACGGGCAACCAAAACAAGCUCGCCGAGGUGCGGGCCAUCCUCGGCAGCGUCAUCGAGGUCGACAGCCAGGCCGUCGACGUGCCCGAGAUCCAAGGGACCAUCGAGGAUAUCGCCAAGGAGAAGGCCCGGCGCGCCGCAGAGGCAAUUAACGGGCCUGCCUUGACGGAAGACACCGCGCUCGAGUUCCACGCGCUCAAGGGCCUCCCGGGGCCGUACAUCAAAUCGUUCCUGGAUACGUUGGGCCAUGAAGGCUUGAACAAGAUACUGGACUCGUUUGAUGACCGCGGCGCUGAGGCUGUUUGUACAUUUGCUUUCUGUCGGGGUCCGGGCGAGGAGCCUAUUCUGUUCCAGGGCAGGACGAAGGGUGCCAUUGUGCGUCCCAGAGGCCCGGCCAACUUCGGGUGGGAUCCCAUCUUCGAGCACGAGGGCAAGACAUAUGCCGAGAUGGAGAAGGAGGAAAAGAACCGCGUCUCGCAUCGGUACAAGGCGCUGGUGAAGCUGCAGCAGUGGCUGGGCCACCAAUAG